GUAUUUAUCUUUUAAAAUGUUUUGGCAAAAAAGUGGAAUGUGCGGCUUGCGAUCUCUUGUUGCUUCUACUCCAUUCAUUGUUAUCCUGUGGCGGCAACUUGUUUUUAGCGAACCACGCAGUAUUAACGUUAGUUAGCUAUUACUAAGCUAAUUUUAGCUAAAAAAACGCUCGAUAUCAAAAUUAUUAAUCGCGGGAAGCUAUUUCCUCAACGCGAAUUGUCCCCACAAUCUUCUCCAGUUGCUGUUAAUGUCCUGUAACGUUUUAUUUUCUGCCAUGUUAGCAAACACCGAUCCUUGUGUAACGUGAAGUUUGGUAAUGUCAGCGACGUUACGCUUCUUUCGUUCUUUUAUUUUCGUCAAAUGUCACAGCAAGACGACUCUGAAAAUGACAUUUGGGAAUACAAACCUCUCGGGAAGAAAAAGAAGACACGCGAAUCACCCUCAGUGAAAAGAAGACGUGACGUCACUGUCCCAAGAACCACCGGGACCCCCAAUUGUGUCCCCGUCACGUCCACUGAUGUGAAGGUGAAGACAGCUCGAAGUGGCUAUUGUAGAAAGGUUUGCGCAAAUAACCCUCGCAGUUUCGGGUCCCAUGAUGUACCCUCAAAGGCAUCUCCUGCUAGUGACACGGCGCAAACAGACAAUGCUGCAGAGGGACAGUUCUCUGGAGACUUUUGUCCCGUGUGUCAGAUGCCCUUUUCCAUUCUGGUGGUACAGACUCAGAGGUGGCACGUUGCGGAAUGUCUUGACACCCCGAGGGACACAUGCAAAGAAUGUCCAAAUGGCCUCCAGUGCUUCUCUACCAUUCCGAACCAUUUUAAGAAAUUCAACCACACCCUCCUGGCCCAUAGUCGAGCAAACAGCGGCAUGUCCCCCCUCGAUCCGUCCCAGCGGGCAGAGUCGAGCGGACCGACGCGCCUCGGUUGUCUCCCAGGGGCGAUGAGCAACGGCACGGAUGGCUCUUUUUUGGAGAGUUCGCUGGAUAGUGCCCUCAGUCUUUCUGCCCUAUCGACUCGUAGUGUCUCUCCCCACAGCGAUCUCGGUGGAACACCUGCGUCUAAACUUGCAAAUGGACUUCUGCUGCUGCGCUCACCCGGCCCAGAGGACUUUAAGAAAAAGAAAGGCUGGUCAACCCCCACUAAAAGCCCAAAAUCUAUCAGUUCUUCCCAAGAAAGUAGAAGAGGACUUUCAUCCACUCCCGUAGAGGCACCGCGGGGAAUAAAAGCCUGUGAAGGUUUACUCAAAAGUAAAUCUUCCCCUGACAACGAUGGCGCAAUAUCAUAUUCUCCUCUUUCGGAGUUCCCCGGAGAGACUGAAGUCAAUGGCAAUGACUGUCGAAAAGCACUUUUUAACAAAGAUACAUUUGAAAAAGAGGACGAAAACUCCAUGUUGUUUUUCGGCGACAGUUUCUCAAGUGACGAUGAGCUUCUUACUGACUUCGUAGAUCGUUUGGAAACCAACAAAGUGCAGGUAAAGGAGCCUUUGUCCUUCAGCACCCAGCUGUAUUCAGUUACCUCCUCGCCGCCCACUAAUCAGCCGGCUGCCUCUACAGUUGCAAACAGAGUUGAUUGGAAAGGUGAUAAAGAAGCUGAUGGGAAAUACGCCAGUGCCAUCAGUCCACGUAAAAGCAGUAUUCAGUCCCCUCAAAGUAUUGUUUUAGAGCGCCUGAGAGAAACGCUUUUAAGCUCAGAUACCCUGCCUUUAAAAAACGGGAUUGACAGCAGUACUCCGGGUCCUUCAUCACAAGCCUCCGCUGUCCAAAGAUCUCAGUCCAUGCCGCCGCAGAAGGGCCAGGUCAAGGCGGGUCAGGCCUCCUGCCUGAAGCAGACGGACAUCGGGGUGUUUUUCGGUCUCAAACCCCUCAAGGCGAAGGAGAAAGUGGCUGAGAGUGGACCGGAUGAACCCGGCGUCACGUCUGCUCCGGGACUUGGCGACAACUCCGGACAGAGGCGAAAAAGGAAGGAAGCACCCAGGAAAAGUGGAGCCGACGCACCUGCAGACAGUUCACAGGGAGCAGUGGCUGGAGGUGAUGGUCGUGCGGGGAAGGCUCGGGGAGAUGCGGAGAAACGUGGGACCAGAGGAUGGAGAGGAAGAAGGUGGAACAGGGCGGGCACCGAUGGAGACGGGGAGUCCCCACGUUGUCCCAUCUACAAGAAGAUUCCAGGCACAAAGUUUGCCGUAGAUGCCUUUCAGUAUGGAGAGAUCCAGGGCGUCGCUGCCUACUUCCUGACACAUUUCCACUCAGACCACUACGGAGGUCUGACCAAGAAGUCCACUCUUCCCAUCUACUGUAACAGAAUAACCGGAAACCUGGUGAAGAGCAAACUGAGGGUGGCAGAGCAGUACGUCCACGUCCUCCCCAUGAACACCAAGGUCACCGUCGAGGGAAUCACGGUCAUCCUGCUGGAAGCCAACCAUUGUCCAGGAGCUGCCAUGCUGCUGUUCUUCCUGCCCGAUGGACAGACAGUCCUCCACACGGGAGACUUCCGAGCUGAUCCCUCAAUGGAGACCUACCCUGAACUACUCGGCUGCAGGGUGCAGACGCUCUACCUCGACACCACCUACUGCAGCCCCGAGUACACCUUCCCCAGACAGCAAGAGGUCAUCAACUUUGCGGCCAACACAGCCUUCGAGCUGGUGACGCUCAACCCACGUACACUUGUGGUGUGUGGAUCCUACUCCGUGGGAAAGGAGAAGGUCUUUCUGGCCCUGGCAGACGUCCUGGGGUCCAAGGUGUGUCUCUCGAGAGACAAAUACAACACCAUGUGCUGUCUGGAGUCGGAGCAAGUCAAGGAAAGUAUAACCACCGACUGGAAGGCAGCCCAGGUCCAUGUGCUUCCCAUGAUGCAGCUCUCCUUCAAAAAACUGCAGGACUACCUGGCACGCUUCGCGGGGCGAUAUGAUCAGCUGGUGGCCUUCAAGCCCACAGGUUGGACCUUCAGCCAACAGGUGGAGUCGGUGGACGGCAUUCAGCCUCAGAUCAGUGGCAACAUCUCCAUCUAUGGGAUCCCGUACAGUGAGCACAGCAGCUUUCUGGAGAUGAGGCGCUUCGUCCAGUGGCUUCGGCCCCUGAAGAUCAUCCCCACGGUGAACAACGGCAGCUGGGACAGCAGGAAGGCCAUGGAGCAGCGCUUCAGCGAGUGGCUCACGGAAACUAGGACUAAAAUCUAGCUCGCUUACACGUAAACGUUGUCCGCAGUUGAACCUAAAAUCGCAAGUAAUUUCCCAAUGCCCUGUGACCAUGAGAAACAAAUGUUAUCCCUUAGCUGAGCUCAUGACACUAGCGUUUCAAUGCAGAAUGAAGGGUUGCAACAAAUUAGGGGAACAUGAACUCAAUCGUGUUUCAGGUCAAGUAUUUGGUUAUUCUAAAGGUUUGGCUUCUGUUCACAAUGCGCUGAAUUGAAACCUCUAACAAUUCUGAAAGCUUAAAAUAUGUGGAUCCAUGAUCUGAGGUCGCACACGCGCCAUGUCAGCAAUAACACUCAGGCUUAUGUGUUGUUACACAAAGGACUGAAUUAAAUGUGUUUACUGCCUGAGGGCACUUCUUUAUGUUUGCUAACAAUAUACAGCAAUUGCUGCUCUAUAAUUCUGCAAUUUGAAUGGAAUUUUCUAUUAAACUGUAUAUUUUUAUGCUGGUAAAUAAAUGUUUUAAAUGUUUGUUUUAUUCUUAUUUUUAGA